CUUCCGGUUCACCGAAAAUAUUUAUGUGAAAUUUGAUUACUUGACAACUGACGAAUAUAAGACUUCUUCUCAUGAGUGCAAAUUAACUCAGCGACACCGAUGAUGCAGAUAUGACUGAAUAUACUGGUGGAUGUAAGUUUGAAUAAUUUAAUCAUGACUUAGAUUGAAAGCUUGCUACUGAGAGAAAUGAAGCUUGGAAUCCAUGGCAACCCGACCCCCAGGGCCCAGCAGCGUCAGCUACCUGGGGGAGCAUCUCGACCAAUGAGUGGCCGUUCAAAUAGAAAUCCAAUAACGGGUGAGGACGAGCCUGACCGUCCAGUUUCCCGAACAGCCGACACCAGCCACAGUCGACCACAGAGCCGACCUGAUGGGGUCCCUGGUCUGAAUCUCCGCUACCUUGCUGAUGAGGAUUCGAAACCGUCAAAACCUAUUGACGUUUACGAGUACUCACUGCAAACUCCAAACAGUGCCUCCACUGUCAGCUGGGGCACUGGCAGAUCUCAGUAUUCACAGAGGCAGAUGACAAAACCACCUAUGCAGAAAUCCGCCUCCCGUCCUAUUGGUGUCCCGGGACUGAGCCUCGAGGAACAGAAGGAAGUCAAGAAGCCGCCAUCGGCCAGGAAGGUGCAGAAGGAGCCUAGUGCGUGGGAUGGCCCUGCUGUAUCGGAGAACGUCCGUCCCCCCUCAGCCCACCACCAGGAGAUGUACAAGCAGUACCAGGACGACAUGAAGCAGUCCUACAGGAAACACGUACAGGCUCCGUACCAUGUCGGCCAGGAUGAGGUGGAGCGGGCUGUCCAGGCAGUGAAGAAGGCCCACCCCACGUCACCCAAGGUCAAUGGUCAGUAUAUCCAGGUCGAUGACGCUGAUGACCAAGAUGACAACUUGGACGACAGCUGGACAAAACAGAGAUACUCUGGCAAACAGCUCAUGAAGAAGAUGGAUGUAGAAGAUCUGUUGGAGUACAACAAGAAACAGAAACUGAUAGAGACUGUGCUAGCUGACCAGCUGUCCAGGGCAGUGAUCAGUGAUCCGGAACAGAAUGACCGGAACAAGGCGUAUGAGCCGAGGCGUGGCCGAGGACAGAACCGCUUUCUUCACGACUCCAAAGUGAGCACAAGGGCCACGCCCACGGAGAACCUGCUGUCUAAGAGGGUCCGCUUUCAGGCACGGAUCAUCACCAGGAACGGCCAUGACGCGCUGAGGGAGCUGACCGGCUUCUUCUUCCAUGUGGACAACACAAUGACCAUCUAUGAAUUCAAACAGUUCGGGAAAAGUGCAAAGGCAAUACCGUUCAUCAACAGAGGUCACUUUCUCCACUUGAGGGGAGCUCGGAAGGACCAGCCGUACACUCUACUGGAUAUUUACUCUGGAGGCAACUUACUGAUCUCUACAUCCGGACAAAUGACCAUCCCUGCAUCAAUGAAGGGCAAUGAGUUUAUCAAGUUCCGUGUCAUCAGUGUUGAUGAAGAUGAAAAGUCGGUCCUACUUGACAGCACUCGUGGCCAGGAGACUUUCGCCCGUCUGCAGUAUCCCACUAAACAGGAGUAUGAGAACCAGAAGAUCCUGGAGUCGCUGCAAGACGUCGUCGGAGAGAAGCUGAAGAAGCGUGGCAUCAAGACGGUGACGGGGCUGGGUCGGUGGUACCGGAAGCUGGACACAGACAGCAGCGGACUCCUCACUCACCACGAGCUGGAGCAGGGGCUUGUCAAGUACCGCCUGGAGCUCCCACAACAGAUACUGGAUGCUGUGAUUGAAAUCCUGGACCCUGAUAAUGAAGGCAGAGUCGACUACAGUGACUACAUGCAUGCCAUAAUUGGGGAGAUGAACGAGUAUCGCAAAUCUCUUGUCAUAAAGGCAUUUCGUAAGAUUGACAGCAGUAAGCGUGGAUUGAUCGUGUUGAGUGACAUCCGGAAGUUCUUCAAUGCCACAGCCAGUGCCCGGGGCCCUCCAGAUGCGACCGGGACCUCGGUGAUCCAGGCCUUCCUGGAGUCGGUGAUGGCUUCACCCAAACAGGAGGAGGUGUCGUAUGUGGAGUUUGAGGAGUACUAUGAGGGACUUAGCAUCGGCUUUGAUAGCGAGGAAGACUUCGCCAACAUUCUACGCAACACCUGGACCAUAUAGACAUUCAUACUACUGAAAACAUUGUGUUGUAUUUAGAUGAUUUUAGUCAUAGAUGUUAAUACAUGGUCUUGAUAUUUAUUGUGUAAAUCUGAUGUUAUGAAGAUAAAAUUGAUUGGUCUGUACCAGGGUCUUAUUCCACAAACACUAUGACUAUCAUAAACUUCUGUUAAAGUAGGAGAGUUACGAUCAUAUUGGCGGUAAGAUGGCUUUGUGGUAUGGAGAGCCCAGAUCUUUGUUUUUAUUGUACAAUUUGAUCAUUUUGAUCAAGGUUUAGGGCGGUCGGGUAGCCUAGUGGUUAAAGCAUUCGCUCGUCACGCCGAA